AUGUCAACGGACGAACUGGCAGAAAUCAACGGCGUAAAGCCCAAGCAGCUGCUUGCUGACGGGGAGGAGGUCGAAGUCAAGUCGAUGACAAGCAACUCACAGUACAAAGUAAAGAGGACUUUCGACCAUUACUAUUGUUCAUGCCCGGCAUGGAGGAAUCAAGGCGGCGCCCCCGUCAACGCGCGCACCUGCAAGCAUCUCAAGAGCCUCCUCGGCGAGGCGUACGAAAAAGCGCGUCUACAGCUCAAGAACCCUCACGGGAACGUGUCCAAACCCUCUGGCAAAGGAAAAACAGCACAGAAGCGUAAGAAGGCCGACGGCGACGGCGACGAUGACGCGAAACCGGGAAAGAAGCAGAAGAACGUCGAUGAUGAAGAUGAAGAGGAGGAUGAGGACGCGCCGCCUGCUCCUACCAGGGGUAAGAAAACGGUCCCAAAACUACUCCUCGCGAACAAGUGGGAUAUCGUGGACGGUCCUGACCCCACCGGCUGGUGGAUUUCUGAGAAAUUGGACGGCGUCAGAGCGUACUAUGACGGCAAGCGCAUGCUCAGCAGACUCGGUAACCCGUUCACGCCACCUUCCUGGUUUCUCGAUAAAUUGCCGAAGGAUGUUACGCUGGAUGGAGAACUCUUCGGCGGGCGGGGCGAGUUCCAAGCCACAGUAUCUAUCGUCAAAACGCUCAACUCCAAGCUCUGGGAGAACAUCACCUUCCAGGUCUUCGACGUCCCUUCAAUGGGCACCCAGCCCUUCGAGGACCGCAUCGCUUACCUCACGCGCACCUUCGGCGCGGGCGGGACGCACGCGUGUAAGGAGGUCGUCGUCGUGCACCACGAGCGGGCCGAGAGCCGCGAGCACGUCCUGCGCCGGCUCAAGGCGGUCGAGAAGGAGGGUGGGGAGGGGCUGAUGCUCCGCGAGCCGGGGUCGGUUUAUGAGGGACAUCGGUCCAGCACGUUGCUCAAGAUCAAGACGUUCUACGACGCUGAAGCUGUCGUGACGGGCUACGUCCCCGGGAAGGGCAAGCACAAAGGCAGCACGGGCGCGCUCAAAUGCAAGAUGGCUUCGGGAAAGGCCUUCAGCGUUGGGAGCGGGCUGAGCGACAAGCAGCGCCGGAGCCCGCCUAAAGUCGGGGCGAUCAUCACGUAUCGCUUCCAAGAGCUCACCAAGGACGGCGUACCUAGGUUCCCGACGUUCAUAGGGGAGGCUAUUGACAAAUCUGAGCCCAAAGAUGCUGAAGUACCGGCUUCACGCAUAGUGAAGAAUGCUACGAGUGCAUAGUGAUGCUCCAAAGAUACCCGAACCCUACUCUACAUGUCACUCUAUAUUGAAACACUCAUAUGUGGACUACUGACCAAAAUAUUGUUGUGAGGAAAUAGUCGUGUUUCAUUCUACUUGCUUCCACAUAGCUUCCAACUGCGCAACCUCCAUCAUCUCUCCGCCGCUCACAAUCGACAUGCCCAUAGCCGCUUGGCUCUGCUGCGCAGCAUGCGCUCCCGCCAUCGUAUUCCACCCAUACCCCACC